AUGAAGUUUUUAAUCUUCACCUGCCUUUUGGCCGUUGCUCUUGCAGAGCAUAAAUUGAAGUCUCAGUCUUCCAGUGAGGAAUCUUCCAAUAUUUCACAGGAGGACAAAAUCAACCCAUUUUAUCAGAAGUAUUACUUCCCUAAGUACCUCCAGGAUUUUUGCCAACAGUUCAUUCUGAAACCAAAGAAUGACAUUAAGACGAUCAAUGAUCCCCUUUUUUCUACUGUGGAACCUGCUAGCAGCUCAUCUAGUGAGUACAAAGUUGACCAACAUUAUCAGAAGUUCUUCACAUCUCUAUACCCCAUGGGUUUUUAUCCAUAUCAGAUAGUCAUAAAACCAUGGAAUUAUGUGAAGACAAAUGCUUAUCCAACUGUCAGCCCUCUGGAUUAUUUUGAAGAUCGUCCUUACCCAUAUGUACCACCUCUGAAUGGGUUCAAUGGCCGACCAACAAAUUAUUUGCCUCUUCCUUACUAUCACUCACUAAAUAACAACCCCAGAUACCCUGACUUUUAUAACCCUGCUGGCCCUGUACCUUCAAACCCCUGGGCACCUCCUCCUAGAGUCCUUCCUUUCUAUCCUGGAUCUAAUUUUCCCUCAGCUGGUUUGUAUGGGUCUGCUCCUGUUCCCCCUCCAUCUCCUGGAAAUGCCCCCAAUGCUCCCCCUUCAAGUAAUUCUGCCCCUGCAGCAUCUGCUGCCCAGCCUCCUGCCGCUAAUCCUGCUGAGCCUGAGGCAGCCAAUCCUGCUGACACUGCGUCUGCCCCAGCCCCACCUGCUCCAGCCGCUUCUUCUUCAGCCAGAUAA